AUGUGCAGUGUGUGUCUGCCUCCAACCCAGCAGCCACAGUGUAACUACACUGACCUCAAUACAGGUGAGCUGUGGUUCUGCUACAAGCCACAGAAUCUGAGCUGUGAUACCAGGAUCAACCACUUUGUCAGAAAACCAAAACCCCCCAAGGCCAAGGAGGACAUACUCUUCAAAAAUGGUGUCACCAUGAACGUUGGCAUUCCAGCUUCAGGACCUGCUCAUGUCACUGUGUUUCCAAAAAUGGAAGAUCUCAAGGUAUAUAACCUGCACAACAUGAAGCAGUCUGGACCUUACGUGGCACUGGACUAUGCCAAAAACAUCUUUGUGACAUACCGCUGCCAUGGCCUUCCUAUUCGUAUUGCACCUUCACCAGUGACAGAACUACAUUAUGUUGCCAAUGAACUUGAUGGAGUAACUGGAGGGAAGACCACAGUUGUAGUUUUUGGUGUCUGGGCACAUUUUACCACUUUCCCCAUCAAGUACUACAUCCGUCGGUUAAUGAGCAUCCGCAAGGCAGUUGUUCGACUACUUGCCAGAGCUCCAGCUACUCGAAUUAUUAUUCGGACGGCAAACCUAAAAAGGAUUUCAACUCCCCUUUCAGCACUGGUUGGUGGUGACUGGCUUUCACUGCAACGUGACAAGAUACUCAGGACCAUGUUUCAGGGAAUGGAUGUUUAUUUCGUGGACGCCUGGGAGAUGACUGUGGCUCACUAUCUCAAGCAUGACAUCCACCCACCCCGUCCCAUCAUUAAGAAUAUGAUUGAUGUUGUUUUGUCAUAUAUUUGCCCUUGA